AUGGCCGCUGUUUCGCGACCUUCGAUACCUGAUUCACUGACGUUGGAACUGGACUUCUCUUCUUCUUCCUCCUCCCCCCCCUCUUCUUCCACCCAGCCUCAUCAUCAUCAUCAACCUCACACCACGGCGGCCACUGCUGCAAGUACGCAAUCCCAGCCUCAACCCUCUCAAGACGGACAGCAGCUUGAGGACGGCGACAACUCCACCUCAGCGCCUCCACCAACUCAAUUCUUGCGGCAUUCCAGCUCGCCGUCCCUCUCUUCUGGCAGGACACCCCAGCGCUCCCCCAGCGGCAUCUUUUCCUUCGCCGCCGCCGCUUUUGACAAGACAACUGUCCGACCCCGCCACUCGCUCGCCCGGCUCUCUUUCACGCCUGGCCACCUCCCAAGCUCAGAGCCCACGAGCCCGGCGAGAAAGUCCAUCUUUCGGAUCCCGUCGAAUCAAUCGCUCGCGCACGGUCCCAUUGCUGAAGGCAAGACCCAGACUCCCGCCGCCGGCACGGACUCGCAGCAACUCCUGUCCCAGCCCUACUCCGAGACAGACCCCAACACGCCACCACCCGUCAAGGUCUCCCCACGCGACAGCAAGAUGCACCAGACGUCUUCGCGCUUACUGCGCAUGACGGACGAUGAGCGUCCAUUUACAAAGGACUUCAAGGACCUCUUCUCGACCCUCAUCGUCAGCCUCUUGCCGCUCUCCUCGCACCGUGUCCGCCUGUCCAAGGUGGACUACACGUUCUUGUCAGAGGAUGCUAUCAACAACCUCGGCUCGCUCAAAUUCUCCCAGUCCAACCGCAUGCCAGACCCCAAAGACCCGUCGCGAAUUGUGACCACUACGACCACCACCACCUUUAGCAUGGCCAAGGACAUGGCGCGGUCCAUCUGCCAGCGCUUCCUCGAAGCUCGCUUCAUUGAGAGCGCUGACGGCAAGUACCAGCAGGUGUACAACAUGAAGGGCUCCGUGUGGCAGUUGACCCCCAAGGGCGUCACGGUACUGGACAGGUUCUGCUCAAAGAACGGCAUCCAGCAAAAGCAGGUGGCCGAGCUCACGGCCCUGCACUCGACGCAGCUCGUGAUACUCGAGCGUGACCUGCAGACGGACAAGCUCAUGCAUGACCGCAGCACCAUCGAGGUCAUCUUUCGCCGCUUCGCUGGCGCCGAGGGACGCAAUGUCAAGCCCAGCGUCAACGCCGCCGAUUCCGAGUCGCUGCAUGACUAUCGGGAUGGCCUCACGGGCGUCAAGAUGGCGGCCGAGCGCAAGAUCAACGGCAAGACAUACCGCGAGACCCUGACGGGUAAGGCUGCGUCAGACUGGCUCAUGGACUGCUCGACCAUUGUCGACCGCCGGGAGACCAUGGAGAUUGCGACGCUGUUUGUCGAGUACGACCUCAUGGAGCCCGUCGCGCAGGAUCGCAACUUUAUGUCGCAAAAUGCGGGGAGCAACAUGUUCCAACCGACGAAAUACGCCAUCUACCAGAUCACCCAGCGUGGCAAGGACGUGAUUGCCGGCCACAACCGGGGCCGCCAGUCAGAAAGCGAGGGCGGCGGUAGCUCUUCUCGCAACGCCAUCACAAGGGACUCCAACACGCAGCGACUGGACAAGAUCCUGGCGGAUCCUGCCCUGCGUCUGCUCUUCCGCGAGAACCUGCGGGAGACGCACUGCGAGGAGAACCUGUCCUUCUACAAGGACGUUGACGAAUUCGUCCGGUCGUGCAAGGCUGCCAUCAGGCUCGCGCAGAAGAACCCCUCGGCCACAUCGCUCGACAGCGUCAAGGAGAUUAUGGCUCAGGCCUACGGCAUCUACAAUGCUUUCUUGGCGCCCGGUUCGCCCUGCGAGCUCAACAUUGAUCACCAGUUGAGGAACAACCUGGCCACCCGGAUGACCAAGGCGGUCGGGCAGGACGUCGCCAUGGUCGACACGCUGCAAGAGGUCACCUCCCUCUUUGAGGAUGCGCAGAACGCCGUCUUCAAGCUAAUGGCUAGCGAUUCGGUGCCCAAGUUCCUUCGCAGCCCCAAAUACGAACAGCAAUUACGCAACAACGAAUUCGAUAAUUUAGGCCGCGGCCCAGAGCGCAGCCAGAGUCGGUCAAACCGAAAGUAA